AUGGAUGCCAACUUGAAGCUACAUGCUUUGGAAGGGGAGAUAUUAGAUGAUCCGACUCUCUAUCGAAAGCUCAUAAACACAAUUUUCCAGCCUGAUAUUACGUUUGCAGUAACAAAACUGGCUCAAUUCAUGGCUGACCCUCGCACUCCACAUCUCACUGCAGUUCACCAAGUCCUUUGUUACCUCAAGGCAGCUCUUGGACAAUGCAUUCUCUUUCUCGCAGCAAACAAGUUCAACUUGUCUGUAUAUGCCGAUGCUGAUUGGGGGAGUUGUUUAGAUACGAGAAGAUCAACCACUGGCUACUAUACCUUCUUUGGAGAUUCACUAAUCACAUGGAAGAGUAACGAGCAAUCAGUGGUCUCAAGAAGUUCAAUCGAGGCUGAAUACAAAGCCAUCGCCAAUGCAUCAUGUGAAAUCAUAUAG